UUUCACCGUUUUACUGUGCCCGUGCUGUGCGGUAGGUAAUCGAAAUUCACAUCAUCCACGACGACUCCUUUUUCCUUCUUUUAUUUCCUUUUCCCGUUCGGCAACACCCUGUUUCCAUCUCUCUCAACCCCCCCCCCUUCACCUCUGUCCAACCCCCCAUCCCCACAACAACAUUCCACUUGACCAACGAGGAAAGGAGAAUUUGUGCGAGGACGACUUUUGGGUCCCCUCUUGUCACCCAUCUAUUCUUCCAUCUCGUUCUUUUUUCUUUUCUUUACACUCCCUCGCUUUUUUCCCUCUUAUCUCCAUCAGCGCUUGAAGCUUCUUGCAACAAUAUGAUGCCGAAAGGGAUGACGGUGAAAACUGUGCGGGGUAAAUUGCCGCCUCUACGGGCUCUUGCACAGAUAUUCCUGCGGACUCGGUUUCUGCUCGCAGUCUUCAUGACUGGGCUCAUCGUUGUGCUCUGGCGAAGCCUCAGCGGGUCUGCUGCCAACUUACAAAAGUUUUACUGCUUUGGACCGGCCAAGUCGCCAUUAGAGAUUUCUGCCAAUGAACAUAAUAGCUGGCAUGCUCACCAACGCACACCAAUAUUAUUUAACCACCACGAACCCUUAGUAGUGGAUACCCAAACCAUUCAGAAUGACGACCUGAACUCCAUUAGAUCCACCCCCGAAGCCUGGAAGAAUAAGGAGCGGGUCUUGAUUCUUACACCUCUUCGCGAUGCAUCGUAUUAUUUGGCCAAGUACUUUGACCUUGUCUCACAGCUGACUUAUCCCCACGAGUUAAUCGACCUAGCAUUCCUCAUCAGUGAUACUAAGGACGAUACCAAGGCUGCCUUGGUCCAGGAGCUGCAGAGGAUUCAGAAGGGUGUCAAGCCAUUCCGAAGUGUCAAGAUUGUUGAGAAGGAUUUCGGAUUGAGUGAAAGCCAGGAUGUUGAGGUUAGACACUCGUUUGCCUUCCAGGGCCCCCGGAGAAAGGCUAUGGGUCGCGCGAGAAACUACCUUUUGUACAGCGCUUUGAAACCCGAUCACUCUUGGGUCUAUUGGAGGGAUGUGGAUAUUGUUGACAGCCCCGAACGCAUUUUGGAAGAUUUCAUGUCCCACGACAGGGACGUUAUUGUUCCAAACAUUUGGUUCCACAGGUAUCGCGAUGGUCAUGAUAUUGAGGGUCGUUUUGACUACAACUCGUGGCAAGAAUCUGAGAAGGGCCUAGCUCUUGCUGCCAAACUUCCCAAGGAUACCAUUUUGGCUGAAGGGUACAAGGAGUACGACACUGGGCGAAAGUAUAUGGCUAAGAUGGGCGAUUGGAGGCAGGAUAAGGACGAGGAAAUAGAACUUGAUGGGAUCGGAGGUGUCAGCAUCCUUGUGAAGGCUGAUGUUCAUCGUUCGGGAGUUAACUUCCCUGCCUAUGCCUUCGAGAAUCAAGCUGAGACUGAAGGCUUUGCGAAGAUGGCCAAGCGCGCCGGCUACAGAGUCAUUGGAUUGCCCAAUUACGUUGUAUGGCAUAUCGACACGGACGAGAAACCUGGCAAUGCCUAAACCCAGAAACAUCCUACCUCCUAUCAUAAUUAAGAAUAUAGAAACCCAGAGCUAUGGCGGAGACGAUAUAGGAAGGAGCCAAUGGGAGAGAAGGGAAACAACGGGCGAAAAAUUACUAUUGCGGAUUAUGUGGUGGGGAAGAGGAAUGCAGGCUUAUUGGGGAUUUUAAUUGGAGUACUGGGAAUUUUUUUUGAUUUUCUUUUCUUUUUCUUCGUUUUCGUUCGCUUCUUCUGGCCGGGCUUGGUUUGGGCGGGGAGAGGUGGUUGAUGGGUGUAUGGGCGUGGCGGUCAACGUGGUGAUAGGGAAACCUUUUUUCAAGGAAGGAAGGAAGGAAGAGAAAGACUUGUUGGCCGACGUGCACUUUGUCAGUCAUCCCCCUAUUUCUUCAAUUUGUUUUAAUGAUAGUUUGUGUUGGUCGUGAAUUAGAUUUGUUUUGUUACUAUUAUUGUAUCGAGGGUGAGGAUUACGGUUUCCUUUUCCUUUUCCUUUCUUAUGCUUAUAUAUUCUGGCGACCAAUUGGUUGGUUGGUGGUGUAGCGAUUUUGAGUGAUCUUUCAUGUCAUAUCAUUUUCAUAUGCUUGCGAUUCUUUCGUAUCUUACUCUCUCGAUAGCUUAUACUUUAGCUGGGGUGAGUGGGUGAGGUCUUUCGUUUCGUUGUCCAUUACCAUCCGUCCAUCAUCCAUCGCUUUCUGCCGCUGUUGUACCGUGGUCUGUGCCGUGUCUCUUUUGCCCUUGUUUGUAUUUAUUUAACUUGGUAUUUAAUUACCGUGG